AUGUCGGGAGAUAUCACGUACCUGAUCACUGGCGCAAACAGAGGUAUAGGCGCCCAAACCCCCAUUUCGACGCAUCGAAUCGGCCUCGCACUAACGCGAAUCCUCCUCCUCCGACCCAACACCCUUGUCAUCGGCACCGUCCGCAAGCCCAACACCUCCGCCUCCGCCCUGCGCGCGCUCCCCACCGCGGCGAGCAGCCGCCUCGUCAUCCAGGCGCUCGACUUCACCUCCACGGCGCCGGGCUCCCUCGCGCAGUUCCUCGUGGAGCUGACCGUCGUGGGCGUCACGAGCGUCGACGUCGUCAUCGCCAACGCGGGCGUCGCCCUGGACUUCGCCUCCGCCUUGAGCACCCGCGCCGCGGAGCUGCGCGUGCAUUUUGACGUGAACACGCUCGGCCCUAUCCUGCUGUUCCAGACGCUGUAUGGUAUGCUGACGGGCGCGAACACCGAUGCGGAUACUGAUGCGGAUACCGAUGCGGAUACCGAUGCGGAUACCGAUGCGGAUACCGAUUCGAACACCGAUCAUGGCCGAGGGGCAACGGCAGCAACGGCAACGGCAGCAGCAGGACCCCACGAAAAGAAGUUCGUGCUGAUCAGCAGCUCGCUGGGCAGCAUCGGAUCGAUGGAGGAGCAGGAGGACAGGGGCGCGGCCCCGAGUCUAGCGUACGGGAUCAGCAAGGCGGCGGCGAACUACUUUAUCCGCAAGGUCCAUUUUGAGGAGGACGCUGUUGUGACGCUGGCGGUUCACCCGGGCUGGGUCAAGACGGGGAGUGGGCAGGUGUUUGCCGAUAGUGUGGGCGUGCUGGAGCCGCCGAUGGGGGUGGAGGAGAGUGCUAGGGGGGUGAUGGAGCAGAUUGACAAGGCUACGAAGAAGACGACUUCGGGAUCGUUCGUAUCGUAUAAUGGGGCUGUCAUUCCGUGGUAG